AUGGGCAUCAAAGAUGAUUUCAUAUUUACACAGGACAAUGAUCCCAAGCAUACUGCAAAAAAAGUUAAGGCUUGGUUGUCGAACAAUGUAACUGAAUAUCUUGUGACGCCACCACAGUCUCCAGACAUUAAUCCUAUUGAGAAUUUGUGGGGUUAUUUAGACAGAAAAAUUCGAAAUCACAAUAUUUCAAGUAAGGAAACUCAAAAAAAUGCUCUAGAAGAAGAAUGGAAUAAAAUCACAGCAGAAACAACACGUCAUCUGGUUGAUUCAAUGUCUAUGAGGUUGGAGGCUAUAAUAAGAGCCAAAGGCUAUCCUACAAAGUACUAA